UAUACUUCCUGAUUGGGAGGGAGGAAAAUACAUAAAUGUAUUUCUGAAUUAAAAAAAAAAAAAAAAAGUAGUUUAUUAUCAGUUCAAUUACAAAUUAAACACACCCAAACUGAACAGGAACGUUAUAAUACUCUAAGAUAAACCAAAACUAGGUUGAGUAAACAGUCAAAGUAAAAGAAGCUUAAGAACUCAAACUAUAUAUAUAAAAUAAAAAUAAAAAAUCCUCUUUGUUUCAUUUGGGAAUUUUAUUUAUUUGGUUACUAGUAAGGAUUUUUUCUUGUCAUACUUGAAUACAUCAUUGUUUAUGUUGAGUAUUGUUUAUUAAAUAUCAGUUCAAUCUUUUUCCCACUAAAUCAUCUGUUCACUACGGAGCCCCAGACAUGACAUGCAGGGAAAAAAAUAGUAGGCUAAAUGGAUUGCACGAUUUACUAUUUCGUUCCCUCGAUUUAUCGGAACGAAUAAAUAAAUCGUACGCACAAUUAAUUUUUUUUAUUGCAUGUCAUGUGUGGGGCUCCGUAGUACUCCUUCCAAAUCUAGGAAAUCUAAAUAAUUUAUAAUUUAUCAUUAUUUAUUUUAUUAUCAUUAUUUAUUUAUCAUUUUGUUAUUUGCCACACCCACUUCAGGUCUUGCAGUCUCUCUCUACUAAUGAGCUGAUGAGUUGAAUCAGGUGUUUUAGAUGAAACUGAUACCCUAACUUUAACUGAAAGCAAAACUUUAAAGAUGGACUUUGAGAUUCAUUCCUAAGUCAAAUAUAAAUGGCAUCUGGAUCUUUUUCUGAGGAGGAUUUCUCUUGUCCGGUGUGUUGUGACAUUUUUAUAAAUCCUGUUCUUCUGCCAUGUAGCCACAGUGUUUGUUCAGCCUGUAUUCAGAAGGUUUGGGAAAAUAAGACAUUAAAAGAGUGUCCGGUUUGCCGAACAACAUCUUCAAAUGAUCGUCCUCCAUUAAAUCUGGCUUUGAGGAACCUGUGCGAGAGUUUCCUACAGGAGAGAAGUCAGAGAUCUUCAUCUGAAGAUGAAAUGGUCUGUAGUGAUCACAAAGAGAAGCUCAAACUCUUCUGUCUGGAUGAUAAACAGCUCGUGUGUUUGGUGUGUCGAGACUCCAGAAAACACUCCAACCACAGAUUCUGUCCUCUAGAUGAAGCUGCGAUGGACAAUAAGGAGAUACUCAAAGCUUCAUUGGAACGCUUACAGGAAGAACUGGGAAUAUCUGUGAAUCGUGAACAAAAUCUGUGUAAAACUGCUGAAGAUAUUAAGUUUCAAGCUCAACUCACAGUGACGCAGAUUAAAGAGGAGUUUGAGAAACUUCACCAGUUUCUACACAAUGAAGAAGUGUUGAGAAUAACAGCACUGAGAGAGGAAGAAGAGCAGAGGAGUCAGAUGAUGGAGGAGAAGAUGGAGGAGACGACCAAACAGAUUUCAUCUCUCACAAGCAUAAUUGAAGAUAUAGAGAAGCAGAUGAAGGCUGAAGAUGUUUCAUUCCUGCAGAACAUUAAGGCCACAUUGCAAAGAGCCCAGUACAGCCUUCCAGAUCCAGACCUCAGUCCAAGUGUUAUGAUCACUUUCACAGAUCACCUGACCAACCUGAAGCUCAAUAUCUUACAGAAGAUGCAGGACAAUUUUGGUAAAACUUCAGCCUUCAGCAUCAAUCAUUCUCAUUUCCUAAUUGAAAUCAAAUAUAAUGAAGACAAGCAUGUUCAGAGUGCUGGAGGAAAUAUGAUUGGAGGCCAACAGUCCAAAAAAGGACCACUGCAAGAAGUAAAACUAAUGAAACACCGGUCUGAGUUCUCCUUUAAAGAUUCACAGCAUGAAGAAGGAAAAGAAGGGAGAACCCGGUCCAAACUGAGGAAAGGGAGAACCCGGUUUAAGUUGAGAAAAGACGGGACAACCCAGUCCAAGUACUCCUUAAAACACUCACCACCUCUCAUAAGGAAGACAAGCAAGCAGAACUUGAAAAUCAUGAGAUCCAGUUGUCAGAAAAUAAAAGAACGAAGAACAUGAAAAGUGAAAAAUCUGUUGGAAUGUCAUCAAAUCAAUACACUAAUGUUGGUUCAAUAGGAAAAAUAGGAAAGAGAAACAGGUAGCCGAUAUAGACAUAAAAAUAUGCUAAAAUAAAUAUUUUGACAGAAA